GCAAGCUAUCUUUCUUACAUAGGAGAGUCUUGUUUAUAAAGGUUAUGGAAUUGAAACAACUCGAGAAUCAAACCCUGCCUUCUAUAACCUGCUGCUCAGAAGGGCGGAAAUGGUGGGCAAAUUUCGAGUUUUAUCCGGAAGUGGUAGCCGAACGGAAAACCGUUUUCCGAGGCUACAUGUACAGUGAGGUCAAUUUCUUCAGCCAAACCGAUUGCGUCGUCAAGAUCGACGACCCCAGCGUUACAGAGGCGGAUCUCGUCAAGUACGUGGAGGGCGUUACGGAAGUUCACAAACUGGCCAAAUUAUUUAAUUCAAACCUGGAAGGUAAAAGAAUUAUAGUCCUGCUACCAUUUGCUGCAGUGAUGGACAAGGUUGCGCCGUUUUAUAACCGGAUGUUCCGCCUGCUGCAAAGGAACUACAAUAGGGUUAUAUCAAGUGACGACUGUGUUCUCCUUGAAGAACGGGUUCAAGGUCAAUACCUUUCUUUUACUGACCCGGAAGGAAAAUCAACCAACAGGUGCCCAAAGGUCAUUCAACAGUUUGCGCAUUUCUGUUUCCAUGAAACCAAAGGUCAGCUUGUGGUAACAAACCUUCAAGGUUUUGAGAAAGACAAUAAUAUUGUACUCACUUCUCCGGUAAUUCAUUCCGUCGACGGUAAAUACGGAUCGCGCGAUAAAGGAAUACAGGGCAUUGCAGCUUUCUUCGAUAGAUUCCAUGCAUGCUGUGAAGGUUGCAAAAAGUAUCUUUCAUGCAAGGACGUUGUCUACCCAAGUGCCCCACCACUUACAUGCAGUGAAAAGUUACUCGACGAGAAAUGCAAUCUGCCAAAUUUGGACUCUCCGAUUUCAACAGUUCCUUCUUUUUCAGCAGGUGCUCUGAAGUCGGAACUUCCGAGCUAUUCAGCAAGUGAAGCAUCGAAUGUCAGAAGGGGCCAACCCCCUCCAUACGAUGCCACGUUCUACACAACACCCCCUUUCAGUCAAACACCGCAUUUUUUCAAUUCAAAUAACAUGUACAAGAACAAUAGAAUUCAAAUUGUAUGACAAUCAUAAACCAAAACUGCUGGAAGUGUUUGAUCUCGGACAUACAAUCAUAUUUUAAGGGCAAUCAUAAAACACACAUCUCAACAAAUUUACCAUAUUUUUUAAAAAUCUUUUUUUUUUCUUGAUCUGAGUUGUAGACCCAUAUGAAUUUGCCACAUGCACAUGAAUCACAAUGCAAGCUUAUAAAUGUCUCUUUGCCAAGUCUACUUAUAUAUUUGAAUGUGUUCUCUUUACAUUUUAUAAAUUAGAGUUCAUUUGACUUAAAAGUGAGUUGUAGGCAUCGUAUUUUACGUACCAUAUAUAGUACAUGUACAUGCAAUAUUAUUUUGCCAUGGAGUUUAGAUAUUUGCUUUAUAUCAUGUUGUUGUUUUAAUAUAUAGAUUUAUUUAUAUGUACAUUGAAUCUGAAUUGUUAAAAUCUCUAGUGAGUGUUUUCUUUGUGUUCUUCUGUAUUAUCUGUACUUUGUUAUUAUACUUUUGUGCAUGAUAAAAUAUCUUAUUUGUUCUUGUCAAUCAAAUUAAUAUAUUGUUUACAGGGGAGGUGCAAUUUUUCAAUUUUAGAUAUAAACUUUCUUGGUAUUUUAAUUGUCUUAUUAAACGUGUACAACUUUUAAUUUGUGAUAAAUCUAUGAUAGAGAGUUUAUGCAUACCUGUUGUUUAUAAAUAUUUAUUUUAUGCUCUGCAGAAUGAAUAAAAAUUUCCAUUGAA